UUGUCGCGUAGUCACGUGUCAGGCAUCCUCAGUCUAGCAUGGGCACGGUCCCAGGGCGCGGAUUGUUCCACACGCGUGCAAGCACGACCAUGACCACAAUGAACAUAUGGCGGCCUCCGACAAAUUUGGCAUUUAUACAUACAAGCUAUCGCAACCUGACGGCUCUAUUCAUACGCUCCAGCACGACAGGUGGAGACACCAAGUAUAACGUCUGCGCGCGCUCCAGUAGGCAUGCCUGGAAUGGAUCAUCAUACUAGAACAAACCAUGGCUCACCCUCUGAGUCAACAGCGCCUGGCUAACAACUAACGACCGUAUCGCAUCUGCUGAAGAAUACAGCAUAGACUUUGCAGAUACUCUGACAGGAAUCUAGUCCUCUUAUUCUCUUCGCAGAGCUACCACAAUGUCGCGAACACGGCACGAACACGCGAGCGAUAACCUUCGAGAUGUCUCCCAAACCAGCCCAGCGCACGCAGCGAGCGAGACAAUACACACCUCAGAGUCUUCACAUACCUUAGUAGUCCCUGAUCCCACGGAUCUUCGCAUCAUCGGCCGCGGCACGUGCGGCACCAUUUACACGUCGACAAGUCCCUCCACAGUCGCAUACAAGAUUGGUCGGGAUCGAGACGCCCUGUGGAAUGAUAUAUGGCUCACAGCCCGCGUCCAUCGGGCGUUGUCGGGCCCUGACGUGGACGCGUGGGGAGAAUCCAAGCUCCAGGUGCCGGCCAUCAAGGGCUGGGUAGCAGAUGAAGCCAAAGAGUGCUUCUGGGCAGACUACGCCCGCUUUUUCCCGGAUUCUCACGCCAGAGAGACGACGCCGUUCGUCUUUGCUCUUUCCCUUAUCCCCACGAUAGGUCCGGAGACUGGACAGGCUCUGCUAUGGCGUUACGAUCCCACCACCUCAAGAGGUGCGGUACUUGCGAAUCCAGAGAACGAUUUCUGUCUCAUACGACCAUAUCUUGCACUGGCAACUCGCAAGGACGAGCCUUCGUGCAGAUCAGACAACCUGUAGAACUUUCCUUUUACAAGGGAGGACUUCAGGUCGUUCCCACUCGACAGCUCCUGGUGGUUCAAGCACAUGGUGGAGGAAAUGGCCACUGGACUAGCCAUCAUAUACUGGCAUGCCAAUGUGGACGGAAUGGAUAUCGAGUUUGUACUCGGUGGGAGAGCUACUUGGGAUGAGACACAAACCGAUGUCGCCGACGAUGUCGACACCUCCGGACCUUUCUUUUCCUCCCUACUGCAGCAUAGAAUUACACUCGCGACCCAGGCUCUAAAUCCAGGCUCGAUUAGCCACAGCUACCGCGGUAUGCGUCUCUACGUCCUCGAUUUCGACAAAGCCUCGCUUGUUUCGUUUGAUCAGCCCGAAGCUGCGAUAGAGCGACUAGUCACAGCGGUGACCUGUAACGAUCCAUACUUUCCCGAUCCGAAUGCUACAACGGGUGAAGACUUGAAGCUAU